AUGUCUGGGACAUUAUCAACUCCCGUGCCUCCUCCUCUGUCGCCCGCCCGGGAGUCCAUACCGCUCGAAUCGAACUCUUCUCGCACCGGGCCACGAUUUGCGUGGGAAGCGGCUCCUUGAAACACGUCAACACAACUCAGGUCGUCCUUCAUCGACUGCCAACCCUAGUCUGUGGCAUGGCGUAGCAAGCAACAUUGCACUGGAAGCAUUCCGUCUGUUCCAGUCUGUGUAUAUCAAUACCUUAAGGCGGCGCCACUAUGAGUUCCUUCCGAGGUCAUCGACGACUGCCGUCCUCGUCUGGCGACAUCGAAAUGGACAUGCACGACGCCCCAGCGAGUCCCACGGUGGACAGGCGGAGGUCUUUUCUGCCGAAUCUUCUUCCUCACUCGUACAAGGACUCGCGCGACAGAACAAAGUACAUUGCUGUCAACAACCGGCCGCGAUGGGUGCUGCACCUGCAGGCCACUUUCUGGCGUGUCCUCAUGCAGCUGGGCAUGUUCUUCCACCGCUUUGCGCCGCCUCGCCCACCCAACCCAUCCUUCUACCGCAUGAUCGACAGCACCGUGUCCGGCCGUCCGGGUCAGAUCUGCCUUUACUUCUACACGCCCCUCGACUACGACACACAGAAGAAGCUAUGGACAGGUCGGCCGGAAGACGUCGAGGAAGAAGCCGGAGAGGCGCAGUCUAGUUCUCCGCGAGAUCGUCAGAAGAUGAGGAUGAGCAUUGGCUCCAUUGGCGAAGGCCUCCAGAGGAGGAGCAAGAGCGUGCGGAGGUGGGGAGGUUACCCGGUGAUUAUCAACUUCCAUGGCGGCGGCUUCACCUUGGGAUCGCCACACGACGAUGCACGCUGGUGCGGUACGGUUGUGACAGAAUUGAACGCUGUGGUCGUCUCCGUCGACUAUCGUAGAGCUCCAGAAUACCCCUUUCCUACAGCAGUGGAGGAUGGUGUAGAUGCAGUGCUAUGGAUCCACCAGCAUGCAGCCGAACUGGGUCUGGAUCGGAACAAAAUUCUGCUUUCUGGGUUCUCCUCCGGUGGGAACAUGGCCUUCACAGUACCCUUACGGCUAUACGACCAGUUGACGGGCUUCAGCCGUGUGAAAACCGCAGACCCACAAGCUCAAGAUGGUAGCGAAGCUGGCAAAGGAUUUGUGUAUCGCCCACCGUCUCCCGAGGACUCCACAUCAAGCAGUUCCACGAGAGUGCCCAAUGAUCCGAACGAUCAUGUCUUGGAUCCCACUGGACCUCCGCCACCAUUGCCCAGAGGCAUUAUGAAGAACUCAAACGUAUACGGAGAGCAACAGGUGGAAGUACCCGAGAUACAGAUUCGCGGCAUCGUACCCUGGUAUCCGUCAUUGGACUACACGAGAACACGCGAAGAACGCCGAGCUACUGGGCUGCGGGCCGACCAAGAAUUGCCAGCCUUCUUCACCAAUCUGUUCGACGAUUCAUAUCUGCAUCCUCCCAAAGACGUCACUCUCGACUCUCCGUACCUAUCACCUGCCGUGGCGCCGACAGACCUGCUUCGCAAUGCUUUACCGGACGAUAUCAUCAUGCACACUUGCGAGUACGACAUGUUGCUUGAUGAAGGAAAGACAUUCUACCAGCGGUUGAUCUCAGACGACAUUGGCAAGAACGUGACAUACACCAUGGUGCCGGGCGUUCCUCACGGCUGGGACAAAGCACCUAAUCCGCUGAAGCCAACGCCAGGGGUCAAGGAGUACUACCUCAAAGCCUGCAAGGAGAUGCGACGUAUUUUGGGUGAGCGUCGUGUCGACAGCAUGGCGAAUCAACGACAGAGUAUAGUCAACUAAUCUAUUUGAGCUUUGAGCGUUCUUGAAUGUAUUUCAGCGGGUGAGUGUUAACCAGGAGAUACAGCGACUAAGAGCAGUGCCCAUGGGCAGCACCAGCAGAAGACCGUUCAGUGUGGUUCAAUCCUGUUGCGGCCUUGGUACAACCUUACCUUGGUCCCUUUAUUAUACUAUUCCACAAAAGCUUCCGUGUCAAAUCGAGUUGAGACUUCUGCCCACAUAUCGCGCCUGAGCACGAAAGGAAGCUGUCCGAGAUCUCAGAUGUCUCUGCUUUGUCUUUGCUCUAGGGAUUCCAUAGCACUUUUUCGACAUAACGGGACACGAUGUAGUCUCUGCGUAUCUGAAACAUGCACUCCUACCUAGGAGUGGAUAUAUAAGGCAUCAGAUGGCCUCUCGUAUGUGCUAAACACGUCGACAUCUCACGAGCAAGGUGUGGUACAUGCUCAAGGUAACUCGCAAAUUGUUGCGUGCAUGGCAAACAAUCCCGGGCGAAGGAAACGAUAUCGCCUUUGCUGGCGCACUUCUCAGCAAUCCAAAAACAACCAGAGCGUGCCAGUCCCGGCUCAGACUCAGGCCAUGCCAUUUCUGCAACGUCGAAAACGAAAAUGUUCAGAUGGGAAGGAUUCCUCUCCACCUUCUGGACUUGCACCAUUCCGCCGAUAAUCACCAAGUAUCCCCUCACGACCUCACUCUCACAUAUCAUUCUGGACAGGUUGAACACUUUGCGUUUGGCAAACGCGUCCAGAAGCGUUCACAUCGCUACGCUCGCACCCUCGAUCCCAUGGAAGAUGUCAUCACGACCAUCGAAGUGCUCUGCAUCCAAAACGGCUCCCACACGACAUCCGAGCUCGAAGUCAUGCGAACCAUCUUACGUACAGCAUACACCCAUCGCCACCAACUGUCUGCCGCAAACCUUCCCACACUACAAAAUCUUGUCAAUACCAUCUACAGGCACCCCAGACACCUCUCCCUCCAACGACUCCCUCUGAGCCCUGCUCUGGUCGAACAUUUCUUCGAUCAACUCCACGAUCGAUGUAUCGCGGACAUUGCACCACUAUUAGAACGCACCGGCGACCAAAGCCCCGAAAAUACCUACGGAGAACUCACUCCCCACUUCAUCAGCACCCUCUGCCUCCAAACCUCCCUCUCCCCAUCUUCCACAUUCCUCGAUCUCGGCAGCGGCGUCGGCCAAGUCUGCAUGCAAACCUCGCUCGAAACGGGCUGUACCUCCUUCGGCAUCGAACGCGACGGCCGCUGCCACGCCGUGGCCAUGACGCAUUUCGCACAAUUCGCCCUCCGAGCACAAUUAUGGGGCGCGGCGCACGGGAGUGUGCAUUUGCGACACGGAGAUUUUCUGGCUUGUCCGGCGUUUGUCGAAGAGGAAUUGCUGACUGUGGCGGAUGUUGUGCUGGUGAAUAAUUUGAAAUUGGAACCGGAGUCGGAUUGGGAGUUGCAGAGGAAAUUGACGCAGAGGUUGAAGAGUGGUGCUGUGGUGGUUAGUACGAGGCCUUUGGCGCCGAUUGGGAGGGCGGCGGGGAGGAAGAGGAAGAGGAAAGGGAAGGAGGGGGAGAGAUUGGCGACUUCGAUGGGGAAGAAAAUGAAAAUGAACAAGACGGUGGAACGAGGGGGGAGGGAAAAGGUCCUUGCAACCCCCCCUCCUUCUCCUUCCUCUCCUCCUCCUUCUCCGGGGCUAGUGCUCGAGCGCGAUGAUGAGGUGUUAGUGGAGAGGCGUGGCGAAGAUGAAGUAUGGACAUGGACUCAAUACGUGUAUCCUCCCGGGAGCGUGAGUUGGAGCGACA